UCUUCUCCUCCUCUCGCGGAUCGCUGUGUGUGUGUGUGUGUGUGUGUGUGUGUCUCGCUAAGUUUGGGCGUGUUCGUUGCUUCCUCCCGCUCCAUCAGCUCCAUCAGCGUGCAGACGCGGAGCUCUGUGCCCGGCUCGUCUGUCUCUGUGGCCGGCUCGUCUCUCUGUGUGUGUCCCCGCUGACGGUGUCCUCUCCCCGAGAGAAGAAGACUUUGAGCGGAGCGGGAAACUCCACCGACAGCGUCCAUGUUCAUCCCCACACAGGGACCACGCCCCCCUGUGGACCAUGGCCCCUCCCUCCUCUCUGCUUUUUUCUUUGUGGCUCUUGAUGGUGCUUGGAGCUGGAUCUGUGCUGCUGCUCUGCCACCUACAGGAUGUCUUGGUAUUGCAGAAGAUGCCAGGUGUAAGUGUGGCUGUGGCUCCUGACAAGGAAGUGAUGCUAGCUGACGGCUCAGUAGCUUCCGUUUUCUUUGACCUCAGCCAGCAGAGGUCGUCUCCGCCGGUGUUUGACGACUCUUUGGUCGGAUCCCGGCACCAGGUCACCAAACGUCGCAGGAAGCUGCUUCUGAAAAGUGGGGCCCCUGCUGGUGCAGAGGAGGAGCAGCAGCUGAGGCUGGCGAGGACCCAGGACGCCCGCCGUAGCCGGCUGGACGAAGUCUGUGCCUUAUACCAGACGGGUGGCACGGUGGAGCAGCGGGUUUCUCGGCGGCAGGUGUCACGGGUCUACGUGGAGGACAGGUCCCGCCUCCUGUACUGCGAGGUGCCCAAAGCCGGCUGCUCCAACUGGAAGCGGGUGCUGAUGGUGCUCAGUGGCAGCGCCACCUCCACACAGCACAUUCCUCACGACGCAGUACACUACACCAACCGGCUGCGGCGGCUGGAGAGCUACGACCACGCCGCCAUCGCCGCCAGACUCGGCUCUUACACCAAGGUGCUGUUUGUCAGGGAACCUUUCGAGCGCCUGGUGUCAGCGUUUCGGGACAAGUUUGAGAGUCCAAACUCCUACUACCACCCUGUGUUCGGACGGCCCAUCAUCUCCAGGUACCGCACCAACGCCACGCGCUCCGCACUGCACACCGGCGCAGGAGUCACCUUCCGGGAGUUUGUCCAGUACCUGUUGGACGUGCAUCGGCCGGUGGGGAUGGACAUUCACUGGGAGCCGGUGAGUCAGCUGUGUCACCCCUGCCUGCUCCACUACUCCUUCAUAGGGAAGUUCGAGAGUCUAAAGGACGAUGCAGACUUUGUACUGCGGAGUGUUGGAGCACCCGCCAACCUCAGCUUCCCCGACUUCAAAGACAGGAACCCGCUGGCCGAAAGGACGUCGUCUGAGAUGACGCAGAAAUACUUCUCUCUGCUCGAUGCCACUGAGCGGCAGAAGGCCUACGACUUCUACUACAUGGACUACCUGAUGUUCAACUACCCCAAACCCUUCAAAGACCUGCACUGAGCACCCACAAUGCACCGCUGCCAUGGCAACACAGCCGAACCUCUCUGUGGACCUGUGACCUGGUGGUGGAGUGAACAGCUGUGUGUGAUGUCAUCGUAACCUUUUCAACACGCUGCCGCAAAAAUAUCUAAUAUCCAUUGAUGCCUGAAUGCCACAUCAGAUGGUCCAGUGUCCAUCAGGUUGCCUAGCAGCCACACAGUGUCAGUCUGACGCCAUGUUAACAUCACGUUAGUCACAGUGUGAGCUGGCGAUUGUUUGUUUACCGUGUGAUUAAUGAAUGUAAACAAAUAUUUAAAUGAAAACAAAACAAUGUGUCACUUCCUGUUUAUAAUGAUAUUUUAUGUCACUUCCUGUUUAUAACGUGUCACUUCCUGAUAAAAGACAGACCAUGUUUUGACUUAA